AUGCGCAUGUCGCGCGGAACGCAUAAAAGGCGUGACCGACACCCCACACAACACUCCAAGCUGCCACACACAACGGCCCCCUCCACACUACUCGAAGGAGUCGUUAAGGACCUUUUGGGGAACUUACAACAAGGAACACAAGCGGUAGUCCACCCCAGAGCGGUCGCAUUCAGGUCGAAAUAUCUCAAAGAACGGGCCAACGGGAUAGCGGACCUCGACACGAUAGAGGAGCUAUGGGAUGCACUACCAAGGACACGGGAAAGCAACUACUUCGCUCUCAUCGCGGACCCGCACGACAGAGAUAGUGCUGGGAAUGCCUCACUCACAUUCCAGGCCAUCGCGUUCCUACACGACGAAAAUGCCCCAGGAUGGCAUAUCCUCAUGUUCGACGAACACAUCCUCGAAGAAAGUGACGUCCAAGGGCUUUCAGACUUCAUCGACUGGGCCCCAAGCAGAUACAUCGCCUCUCAAUUCGGCGCAAUCGCCCAGAUGAUGACGGUCUCGGCACGGAGAGAAAGACACCCGGUGAUCACCAUUAGAUAUGGCGACGCGGGGGGUCAGGGGGCACCCCCACUGGAAAUCGAAGGAGGUGGACAUAACUUCCUAAACAACAUAGGUAUACUAUCGGCACUCAGUUGGAUCCAUGCAACGGCGGCGCUCAAUAACACCCCUAUCAAACCCUCGGACGGUAGAGCCCGAGGCUUCCAGAUAAUCAACCUGGCAGCCGUCCAUUCAGGCGUAACUCAAUGGUGGGAUGAGAAUCACUUCAACCCUGAGCGAUACAACUCCCGCCCAAACAAUGCGAUGGAAACACCCCCAGAAUCACCGUAG